AAAACCUCAAAAAUAAAAAAAUAUAAAAAAUGGAAAAAAAAAAAAAAAAAAAAAAAAAAAAAAAAAGAAAAAAAAAGAAAAAAAAAAAAAAAGAAAAAAAGAAAAAAAAAAAAAAAAAAAAAAAAAAAAAAAAAAAAAAAAAAAAAAAAAAAAAAAAAAAAAAAAAAAAAAAAAAAAAACAAAAAAAAAAACAAAAAAAAAAAAAAACAAAAAAAAAAAAAAUUUAAGACAAAAAAACAAAAAACCUCUACCAGUGUCAGGUAAACCAAAGCCUUGACCGGUUAUCCACCUUUCUUUGUUUGAGAACUGGUUUCAGAACUGGUAUUGCGUCGGGUCGAUUUAGAACUGGAUCUACCCUACCACUUUGUUUGGUUGAGUUCACUUAUAAAUUGCAGUUUGAGAUGUUCGCUCGAUUAUUCCAGUCUUGUUUUCCAUCCGCCGGUGAAAUGGAUUUAGAUAAUAUUUUAAAUUUCGAAACUCUUAAAUGUCACACGCAAUGUGUAAGUGUCGGAAAGCGUGUUCUGUGUGAAGAGUCGGAGGUGCCGCCGUCGAAAAAAAGACGGGAUGUAUUUAGUGUUGAUUCGUCGUUCGUCCCUCCAUCGGUAUCGGGAGUGACGGAUAGCAGAAAGAGAGCGCCGUCAGAGGAAAGCGUCAUUUAUGUGGGGAGCGAAACACUCCCCCUAAAUCAGCCACGCAGCGAGAUGGGACGCUUAAUUCUAAAAAUUAAAAAAAAUACAGCGGUGGCGGCGCAAACUUUCAAAGUAGCGGCGGAGGUGCACGCUUCUCCAAGCGUGCAAACAUCAAAACACCACUCUACAUCUUUUGAAGAUAUUUCCGACUCUGAAGACGGGACAUCUGAUCACCCUUCACUUCAAACCUGCAACAAACCCUCUAUCGAGGGUUACCCCUCUAUCGGAGAUAUAUUAAAUAUCUCCGAAUUGGGAUCAUCACCUGAAGAGGGGUUAACACAGACACAUAUAACUCAACCCCAAGCUGAAGAGGAAAUACCCAUGAAACCUAUGACUGAGACCCAAGUCUGGGAAAAAGAGCUUAUAUCGAGAACAGAGCCGUCACUCACUAAUGUAGUGACGAGAGUUCUCCAAAUCCCCAACCGCGCAGAAGCUUACCACCAAGCAUUAUGUGAGGAUUUUAAGGGAGGACUUGUGUCGGCUCUUGAACGUCAUCAAGACCGCAUUCAGGAAAGGUUAAAUGAGAAUUUAAAGGAAAGUGAACUCCUUAAAAAAGCCAUCCAAAACAUUUUUUCAUAUGGUGAAAAAAUUUCCGAGGCUUUUCACGAGGAGAAUAUCCGGCUUUCACAGGAUCUCAUUAAUAUAAAAGCUUCCCUGGCCAAUGCUGUGAGGUCAGAUUCUCGAGACUUAUUCAACAAAAAUGUCGCUGGUGAUGUCCUGAGAUGCGGGAUGCGGGAUGAAGGUGCAUAAAGCGGUAUAUGUUGU